GCGGCUUUCCUGACCCGACCUCCCAAUUGUUCAUCAAUGAGCCCAUCUUCAUCACCAUGGACGAAAUGCUCACGGUGGGGAAGAGGCCCAUUGCGCUCAGAGUUCGUGCAACUAUAGACAAAUGCGUGCCAAUAAUUGAAUCAUUACAACCACGUUUUGCAGAGUUUGCAGAUGUAGCCAGUCUGGUGGGAUUAGCACUCCAAGGUCUUGCACGGUAUCACUGGUGGUUUACAUCAGAGGAGCACAAAAGGCUCAUCCACGUUAUGCGCCUCGAAGACGACUACUCACGAAAUGCUACUUUGAUCGGACGAUUGGUGAGAAGGUAUUCCGCAAGUCCCGACCUCGCUCUCAGACAAAAGAAAUUUCUGAACCGGAUGUACCAUGUACUUGGCUGGUGCCUGAGGGAUGCUCUCGAGCUGUACGAGGAGUCUGAGAAGGAAUUGAUACGGGAGGGGGUCAAGAUCUAUAUGAGUGAGAGCGAAGGAUACGGCGAACAUGAAAGGCUAAACGCGUCCUUGUGGGACUUUCAGCAGAGGUUCCAUUGGAGACAGCUUGACUCGAGUAGGGGCUCCAACAAGGCCAUCAUCUACCCCCCUACUGGCUUCGACACCGGUGGAUCAUCCUUUCAGGCUAGGAAUUUCGUCGUGAAUAAUCAGAGCUCCGGAGUCCUCUCAGUUGAAGAACAAGCUACGUUGAAACAACUCCUCAACACCCUCAGCCAGCCGGAUACACCAAGGGACUUGCUCAAAGGUGAUGAGAAUGGUCCCGACGACAGCAGCGGUUACAGAUACAUCCCGCCCCCUGUUCCGCCUCCCAAAGCACCUCGAAAAGCACCUCAAAAUGAGGUCCCCGGAAUCCUGAAAAGGGGUAUGCGUGAGAAGGUGAUCAAGACUGUACACUGGCCAGAUUACAAGAAAUCCGAGGUGCCGUCCCCCAGCGCAAGUGAGAGCUCUCCGUCACCAGGUGACCAGGAAGAAAACAAUACGCGUCCAAUAGUGCCUCCUGCAGUCUCUGCGAGUACACCUGUUACGGAUCCCAGGGAUCAAAAUGGUCGUCAACCUCCAUAUCAGUUCGUGACCACUGACAGUGAGGCAUCAAGCUCAUCACCCGACGGCGAAAAUCCGGCCUCGAAACCUCCCAGGCCCCAGCUCGAUGGCGCCAGCCCCACGAGCUCCGAGUCCUCCAAAGAUAAGAAGGCCCCCGACACAGCCAAGCAAGGGCUGGAAACACCCAGCGAUGAAGUCCACUGGGAUCCCCCUGCUCAGCCUCCGUCUUCGAUCUUGUCAUCUGGGUUCUCCGACAUCCCCUGGCUAUCCUCCGACACGGACGACGAUUACGAUGAUGCUGACGACGAUUCUGAAGACGAGCCCCCCCAAUGGCACAGCAAGCACGGCUACAGAUCACCCCAGCACGUCGGGGAAAGCAGCAAGUACACCCACAGGGCCGACCAGGCCGCGGCGGCCAGCGAGCCAGACGCGGUCAGGGAACAAGUCGCGCGCCACAUCCGCGCCUACCUCGGCCCCAGCCACAACGAGUACAGCACAGCACUGGCGGCCCUGCCGGCGGAGCUGAGUGACGGGCCAGGGGCAGGGGGCGUGGUGGCCCGCCAGCGCGAGCGCGAGCGCGACACCGAGGACCAGCUCAGCCCCCUGGCGCCGUCGCUGGGGCCGGCCCUCCGCGGGCGGGCGCUCGCCGCCGCCGCAGACGUCAAGGCCACGGCCCUGCGGCACUGGUCCGGCGUGGCGGGCGCCCGGCGGCAGGAACGGAGGGACGGCCACGCGCGGCUGCGGGCGUUGCUCAGGUUCGCCGAGGAGGAGGGGAGAGGCCCCCUGUCCCCCAGCAGCAUCCGCGCCAGCACGGGGCUGCGGCGGGGCCUGUUCGAGGAGCUGGAUGAGCCUCCGGAGCCGCCGCCGAAGAGGAGGAGGACCGACGACGGUGUGGUGCGGACAUCCCCCGCCGUGGACGGGGAUGCGUCCCGCGAGCAGGCGCUCGCUGACCUCGAGGGCGUGCAGCCGCGGCUGGACCUGUCGUGGGCCGCGUUCCUGUUCAACCAGGACGCGCUGAGGUUGUUUGGCGGGCUUGUGGGCGAGCACCCGCAGCCGGGGGACCUGGAGCGGAUGGACAAGCUGCUCCGUGAGCUCGAGGUAUACAUCGCCGUGUGCAAGCACCGCCGCGGCCUGGUCGUGGGCCACCUCAGGGAGACGUGCGAGUUCCCGACCGCCGUGGGCGCGCAGCUCGGGGACCUGACGGCGGCGCUCCGGGACGCCGAGGAGGCCCAGCUGUCCGCGGCGCGCAGGGGCUUCGACUUCGUCGCGGCCCGGUCGAAGCGCGUCAUGACGUACCCGGCCGGGAAGCUGGUGAGGAGGAAGUUCGGCGGCGCCCUCGGCCCCGAGGACCGCGAGAAGCUCGAGUACCUGGGCGAGGUCGGCGAGGAGGGCGCCGGGGCGCUGCUGGUCGGGCUGGAGGCGGCCGAGGACUGGCUCGACUGGGCCCAGCAGGCGGUUGCGGACUGGAUGAGGGGCUGGAGGCCCGCGCGGGUGGAGACGGCCAUGUUGUACGUGGGCGAGGACGUUGAGGCGGAUGUUCGGCGGUAUAAGUGGGAGAUCAACCAGAAGCGGCAUGCGAUAGGCCUUGAGCCUAUCAGUGACGGGCCACUUGAUGGGGUGUACAGCAGGCAGCAGGGGCAUAUCGAAAGGCUUGAUGCACUUUGGAGGUUGACUAGUACGAGUCCAGUCGACAACCAGGCCGAUGAAGACGGGUCAGACUGA